CUGAAGGGGAACUCCCUCCUUGGUCUUUUUCAUGAGGCGGAGGACAGACAAUAGAGUGCACCCAGCAGGCUUUCAGCACAGCCUGCCAGUGAAGCUAAAUCUCUCUCAGCUGUGAUAUCAAAUCCAGCAGGAUCAAGACUUUAGUCAGUUUGCAUCUCAUCGUUUACAGCGAACUGUGCCAUCGAUGAGCUUAGUGAAGAGAAAGUGUUAAAAUCAUAAGAGGCAUUUUAGCAGGGGAAGAAAGCUACAGCCCGACAACAAGAAGACAAAGACGCAAGCUGAAGGACAAGAAAACAAACAGUCCAAGGUAACUAUGCAAGCAGGAGGAUCUCAACGGAGCAACUUCAUUUUGUUUAUAUUAGCUUUGCCAGUUAUAUUGGAGGUCUGCAGGGUACAGGGAUGUCGGACUGGCUCUGGGUCAGAGUGUGAGAAAGCUCCUUUUGUCCCAGGCCACAACCUGGCAGGAGAGGGUUUUGAUGUGGUGCGGAUGCGCCGAACAGGAGCAUAUGUCAUCAAUGUAAAAGUGCAUCUGGUUGACAACCACACCUGCACACUGUGUCCAAACCGUUUCCAACAAGGACAGAUUCAGAGGCUCCCAGCAGCAGUGCUUGACUGGCGUCCAUUCAGCCGAUGCAGUAAACAGAUUUCUAGUGCCCUCCACCACUCUGUGGACUCCCUGCUACGCAGCUCCAACUCCCUGGUCAACAACAAUUGGGAUCUGGGAUUGAGCCUCGAUAAUAUUGGCAAAGCAGUGCUGGGAGGAAGCCGCUCAGACUUGGCAAAGUUUGCUCGUUCGCAACACAGUGUGGACAAAGCAACUUUUGCCAUCCAUGAAAUCAGCUGCACCUACUACAGCUACAGGCUGUCUGAUCAUCCCCAGCUGAGUGCAGAAUUCACAAAGCAUCUGAAGAGACUCCCACAGAGUUUAAACACAAGCCAGAGCAAAGCCCUGUAUAGGCGCCUGAUAGACACCUAUGGAACACACUACAUACACCAGGUCCAGCUUGGUGGUAAGGUGAGGAGAAUCACUGCCUUCAGGACUUGCCUGGCCACACUGAAGGGUUUCUCUGAGUCUGAGAUCAAAAACUGCCUGAACGUUGAACUCCGAAUGGCUCUCGGCUUCCUACCUGCUAAUGCAUCCUUUUCCAACAAGUGUGACAACCUCAUAAAGGGCAAUAUGAGCAUGGGCUUCUAUCAAGGCUUCAUGACCCAUAAGAUCGAGGUUAUUGGAGGGGAGAGGUACUUCCCCGACAUCCUCUACCAGCAGGACCCAUUUGAAGCGUACCACAGCUGGAUGAACAGCCUUCACGACAACCCUGAUGUGGUUUCUUAUGCCAUCUUCCCUCUGCAUCAUUUGGUGGAGGACUCCCAGAUCAGUGCUAACCUAAGAAGCACUGUCACCGAUUAUAUUAGAGAGAACCAGCUGCAGGAUGACCAGCUUGCUUUCAAGAACUGCUCCCCAACACCCAACCUGGACCAUAACUGCUGUCCUUUAAGGGCUGGCAGAGGAACUCUCACACUGGAGAUCCACAGAGCUGCGGGUCUGAGGGCAGACACCUUCACAAAAACAGACGCCUAUGUGAAAAUCUUCUACAACGGCAUGUACGAGGAGACUGAGACGGUAAUGGACAACAACGAUCCAGUGUGGAACGCCACUUAUGACUUUGGUUCAGUUGAAUUGGGUCAGGAGUUGAGGUUUGAAGUUUGGGACAGGGAUGUGCUGUAUAAUGACAGAGCCGGGAUAUGUGUUGUUUUUCCUGAGAGAGGAAUUCACUCUCUAAGCUGUCAGCUCAACAAAGGAGUUCUCUACUUCACCUACACCAUAAAAUGUGAUGCUCACUUGACAGGCUUCAGGUGUGGACGAUACUCCCCCAGUGCUGAGUAGAUUAUACGAUUACAAUGUUUUAAAAUUAAAUUUGACAAUUUUCUUGAUAAAUAGCAUUAAAUUUUUAAGUGUCACAAUUUCUAACAAGAACUAGUAAACUGUUGUUUCCCUCACAUUUUACCUGGAAAUAUUAAAAUGCCAAACAAACUUUCUACCCUUUUGUCACAUACCACUUCAUUACUUAAACUUGUUAACACUAUAUAGGAUUCCAAAGAAAAAUGAUAACAGUUGAUGGUUGUCUUCUUUGUAAAUGUCUUGUAACACCUCAGUCUUAAACAACCAAAGUCAAUGUCCCUGUGCUUCUAUUGUAGAUAUCACAAUAAAGAAAUUUUGAUUUAGG